AUGAAUGGUAAUGGUAAUGUUGAGCCUACCCCUCAAAAAGUCCUUUCAAACACUGAUAUCGAAAUAAUUCGAAUAAUCGGGCAGCACCUGAGAUACCUGGGUUUCAACCAUACAUUCAACCAGCUAGCUUGUGAGUCCAGUUGUAUACUGGAAGAUCCAAAUGCAUCCAAAUUAAGGACACAUGUUCUGGAGGGAAUGUGGGAUUUGGCUGAAGCAGAUUUGGAUAAUUUACAACUGGUCUACAACAUCUCGUCCUUAGAUCUUACAAAAAUGAAAUUUCUCCUGUUUGAACAGAAGUAUAUGGAGGUGUUGGAGUCAGGUGACCUUCACAAUGCUCUUGACAUCCUGAGAACACAGGUGACUCCGCUCAAAUUCAAGACUGACUAUGUUCACAAGCUAAGCUCAUAUCUGAUGUGCAGUUCUUCAGAUGAUCUCCGUCGUAUGUCGAAGUGGCCCGGUAAGGGAUCUCUGUCAAGGUCCACCCUACUCGACUCGUUGCAAGCCUUCCUUCCUUCAUCAAUCAUGGUUCCGCCUCAGAGAUUGUUGACACUACUGAGUCAAUCACUUGAAUAUCAGGUGUCCAAAUGCCAGUAUCACAACACACAAAUGUCUGAUCCACUCCACAGUCUGUCCCUCCUAACUGACCACAUGUGCUCCAGAGAUGACUUUCCAACUUGCACGACGCAAAUCUUGGCUGAUGGCACUGACGAGGUUUUGUUCUGUAAAUUUUCCCCUAAUGGGAAAAUGCUGGCAACCGGUUUGAAGGACUCACAUUUCAUCAUCUAUGACGUCGAUGAGAAAACUUUCCGCCUUACAUUAAAGAAAACAUUGAAUGGUCCAAUGAAUGGGGUAACGUAUUUAGCUUGGAGCCCUGACUCCACCCACCUGGCUGUCUGUGGCUCGGAAGAUGGCUGCGACCUCUCUAUAUGGAAUGUCAUGACAGGUGAGUUGAAAUCAAAAUUGAAUCAGUCGUCGGAAGACUUGCUGACCACUGCCAGCUGGUACGCCGACGGUACCAAGGUCGUCUGCGGGGGGCUGAAGGGCCACUUCUACUCUUGUAACACAGACGGCCACUUAAACUCCAUGUGGGACUUCAUAAGAGUGCAACACCUAGCCUGCCUACCAGACAACCAGACUGUCAUCGCUGCAGACACCCACAACCGAAUUCGGAGCUACAAUUUUGAGGAUCAUAUUGAUAAUAAUCUUUUUCAAGAGGAUGGCUCUAUAAUAUCAUUCACCCUGAGUUCGAAGGCAGACAGAAUCAUCUUGAAUGUGGCCAAUCAGGGCAUAAAUAUGUGGGACAUGGGCUGUAAGACUCUAAUUAGGAGGUACAGGGGACCAACGCAGGGCUUCUUCACUGUCCAUUCGACAUUCGGUGGCCUCAAUGAAGACUUCAUUGCGAGCGGAAGCGAAGACCAGAAGAUCUACAUAUGGCACGUGAACAACGAACUGCCCCUGACGACCUUGGAGGGCCACAACGGCACGGUCAACUGCGUCCACUGGAACCCACAGAUACCCUCAAUGCUGGCGAGCGCCUCAGACGACAACACCGUCAGAAUCUGGGGUCCGAAAUCUCGCGCUGAUUCGCCGACUCUUGAGUGCGCCAUGGAGAAUGAGGACAUCGCCUGCAAUGGCGUCGACAGCGGUCUGGGCGGACGAGGUAGCGGCAUAGUUAUGGCGUCACUUGCCGGAAGCGCCAGUAGUAGCAGUAGCAGCAGCGCUAGUGUCAGCAGCAGUACUAGUAGUAGUAGUAUCAGUGGGGGGUUCGGGGCCGAUGCAGGCGACCCUUCAAGGCCAUACUAA